GCGCUCCGCUCCGCGGGGCGCCAUGGGGCGGGCGGGCCGCCGGCUGCCCGCGCUGGCAGCGCUCUUCUACGGGGCACUGGCGGCCCUGGUGCUGCUGGGCGUGCGGGACGUGAUGUUCCUCUACGAGGAGAACCGGUGCAGCAUGACCUACAUGUACGAGUACCCCGAGUACCUGAAAAUAAAACUACCCAAGAAAAUAGCCAGACGAUACCCAGCAUAUGAGCUGUAUCUCUAUGGGGAAGGGAACUAUGCUGAAGAAAACAAAAAUCUCCUACUGACAGGAAUUCCAGUUCUCUUUCUGCCUGGGAAUGCUGGCAGCUACAAACAAGUACGUUCUCUUGGCUCCAUUGCACUUAGAAAAGCAGAAGAUGUUGACUUCAAGUAUCAUUUUAAUUUCUUCAGUGUCAACUUUAAUGAGGAGUUGGUUGCAUUGUAUGGUGGUAGCUUGCAACGGCAGACCAAGUUUGUGCAUGAGUGCAUAAAAGUAAUUCUUAAGUUGUACAAGGAUCGAGAAUUUGCACCAAGCAGUGUAGCAAUAGUUGGGCAUUCCAUGGGUGGUCUUGUUGCAAGAGCAUUGCUCACUCUGAAGAAUUUUAAGCCUGAACUUAUAAACCUGCUCAUUACACAAGCCACACCUCACGUUGCACCUGUAAUGCCUUUAGACAAAUACCUUACCGAUUUUUAUACAGCUGUAAACAAUCAUUGGAUUCUAAAGGCCCAAGAUUUAAGAAAUUUAACUACCCUUUCUGUGGCGGGAGGAUUCAGAGAUUACCAAGUUCGUUCAGGACUGGCUUUUCUACCAAGAUUGAGUCAACAUGACAGUGCCUUAUCUGUUGUGAGCUCAGCUGUGCCUAGAGCUUGGGCCUCAACUGACCAUCUCUCCAUAGUGUGGUGCAAAGAACUGAUCCUGGCUACCAUUAGAGCUUUUUUUGAUCUCAUAGAUGAAAAUACAAGGCAGAUAACUGAGGAUCCAAAGAAAAGAAUGUCUGUACUGAAUCACCAUUUUGUGAGACACCCUGCAAAGAUGUUUGAGGAAAAUCCUGAAGCUUUUACACACCUCACAGGAGCUUUCAAUUGGAUUACAGUCAAAGCCUCAAAAUGGACUUACUCAGUUUACAAUGAUUCUGAUGGAAAAUAUUUUGCAUUUCCUCUUGCAAGCCACAGAAAAUCAUACAGUCAUGUUUACUGUGAAAAUAGUAUGUUGGACACAGGUAGCUGGAUUUAUGGCUGCAUGAACACUAAUUCAUCAAUGUGCCUGGAAGCUGCUGAUUUAUCCUGGAGAGCUGAGUUACUUCCAACCACCAAGGUUAUAAUGCUGAAACUUCUGGACUAUCCUUCUUUGUCCCACAUUGUCAUUCAGGUACCACCUGCAGCUGGCAAUAAGUAUACUUUGGGCUGUGAAUUCUUCAAGGAGGAUUCCAGAACAGUCCAGCUCCCUGUAACACAUCUUUUUUCAUUUGGGUUUUCUUCAAGCAAAAUUCUAUUAAAUUCAACUGGAUUAUUUUACAAUGUACAACUCCAGCACUUCAACCAAAUAUAUCAAGCUUUCAAAAUUUAUAUAGACAGUCACUGCCAGUCACUCAAAGAAAGAAAACCAAGUGUUUACAGACUUCAUAUUCCCUGGUCAUACGAAGACUCAAUAACUGUAGUGAAAGUUCCAUCUCUUGCUGAGAUUUCUGCCAAACUGCACAUGGCUCAGCCUCACGGCGACAGCAGCCUUCCAGAGUUAAACAUCUACUCUUCCCCAGACUGUCAGUAUGAAGUAAUUCUGAAGACAUCACUUCUACAGGUUCUUGGGCAAAUAGUAAGAUUCCAUGCUGGUGCUUUUCCAGUCUAUAUUGUUUCUAAUAUUCUUCUUACUUAUGGAGGACAACUGAGCACACUAAGAUCAACAGGCCAGUGUUCAGACUUCUCCCUCGAACUAGUUAGGACAGCAAAGCCCUACAAAGUAGAACCUCUUAUAAGCAUUGUUGUGUUUCUGCAGGGGUUUAACUGGUUUAGAGAGAUAUGGGAAUCACUGUCACUACCAGAGGUGGAUGCUGCUGUACUGAGUAGUCAGGAUGCAUGGUUCCCCCUUGUGUCCCUGAUUCUAUUUCUUUUUGGGACAGGCAUUGCCUACUGGAGUGGAGUAUUUUUCUCUACAUCUCUGAGACUCUUCUCUUCAUUAUGGUUAACUCUGAUUAGACCUACUGAACUUCAGAAAGAUAAGUUGAUUACACCCAGCAGACUCUGUGGGAUGAUAUCUCUUGCUUUGGUUAGCUGGAGCACUUGUGGUGCAUUUGCUGUGCUCAUUAUUUAUCUUCAAUACUUGUUCAAGGUUGUAAAACUGCAUGUAACUGUAAGAGCAGAGCAAAACAGGCACAAUAGGGAUUCAGGCCACUCAAAAGAAACUUCACAGAACUCCGGUACACACACAGUCAAAGCCCAGAGUUCAGUGGACAGCAUUCCAGAAGAAACACAGUCUCCUUCCAACAGUAAAACACUUGCUGAAGCUGUUAACAGUCUCAAGAUGCACAUUACAGUCCUUAAUUUAUUCACAUGGAUUGUGCUGCUCAACUUGCCAUCUUUAAUUUAUUGGUUAAAAAAUCUCAGGUACGAUGUUAGACUUGAUCCUGAUCCCUGUAGAUCCACAGCUAUUAUCCUCGUAUGUAUCUUAGAAAUUCUCAUGAAUUCAAGCACUUCUGAAGUGAAAUCAAGUAAGCUGUUGAAGAUUGCAGCCAAAGUUCCACUCCCUUUGUCUGUUGCAAUGCUGGCCUUUGGACGAAUGCAUUUAUACAGAGUCCCACACUUUGUAACCUUUUCUCUUCUUCUACAUGUGCUGUGCUGUUUUGUGUAAUGUUCA